AAGCGGAAGCAGCAUGUGUAGCCCGGCGAGUGCUGAGACUCUGCAGCUUCUGGAAUCUUCUUCCACAGCAGCUAUAUGAAGCGCCUCCUCCUCCCAGACUGACUCAGGCGGCGCUGCAGAGAGAUCCCGGCAUUGAAGUACUUGGACUCCUCGCCUCAUCAUGUCUGUGGUCGGCUUCGACCUGGGAUUUCAGAACUGUCAUGUCGCCAUCGCCAGAGCUGGUGGGAUCGAGACCGUGGCCAAUGAGUUCAGCGACAGAUGUACCCCGGCUGUUGUUUCCUUUGGCACCAAAAACAGGACGAUUGGUGUUGCUGCUAAAAAUCAGCUGAUCACAAAUGCUACAAAUACGGUGUACAGCUUUAAGAAGUUCCAUGGCCGAGCUUUCAAUGAUCCUUUUGUGCAGAAGGAGAGGAAAAAUGUGGCCUAUGAAGUGGUUCAGACAAACAACGGAGGAGUUGGGAUUAAGGUGAUGUAUUUGGAAGAGGGUCACGUGUUCAGUGUAGAGCAGAUAACUGCCAUGCUGCUCAACAAACUAAAGGAGACUGCAGAGCACAACCUGAAGAAGCCGGUCACUGACUGCGUCAUAUCUGUUCCCUCAUAUUUCACAGACUCUGAAAGAAGAUCUGUUUUGGAUUCCGCUCAGAUAGUUGGAUUGAACUGCCUGAAACUGAUGAAUGACAUGACUGCAGUUGCAUUGACUUAUGGGAUUUAUAAACAAGACCUUCCAGCUCCUGAGGAGAAACCCAAAAUAGUUAUUUUUGCGGAUAUGGGCCAUUCCUCUUUCCAGAUAACAGCCUGUGCCUUCAAUAAAGGCAAAUUAAAGGUUCUUGGGAGUGCAUUUGACCCAUAUCUGGGAGGAAGGAACUUUGAUGAUAAGCUAGUGGAACAUUUUUGUGUCACGUUUAAGACUAAAUAUAAGUUGGAUGUAAAGUCCAAAAUCCGGGCUCUUCUACGUCUUUAUCAGGAGUGUGAAAAGCUGAAGAAACUGAUGAGCAGCAACAGCACCGAUAUCCCUCUUAAUAUUGAAUGCUUCAUGAAUGAUAUAGAUGUGUCUGGGCGUAUGAGCAGAUUGGAGUUUGAAACCCUCUGCGCUGACAUUAUACAAAGAAUUGAUGCUCCUAUGCAUUCACUGAUGGAACAGAUUCAGCUUGGAGUUGAAGACAUCGGCUCAGUGGAAAUCGUAGGAGGUGCUACUCGUAUUCCGGCUGUCAAGGAGAGGAUUGCUAAGUUCUUUGGGAAAGAUGUCAGCACCACUUUGAAUGCAGAUGAAGCAGUUGCAAGAGGCUGUGCUUUACAGUGUGCAAUUCUGUCGCCAGCCUUUAAAGUCCGAGAGUUUUCAGUGACAGAUAUAGUACCUUAUCCCAUCUCCUUGAAGUGGAGCACUGAAGCAGAUGAGAUUGAAGGAAUUCAUGAAGUCUUCAACAGAAACCAUGCUGCUCCUUUUUCAAAGGUCCUUACCUUCUAUAGAAAGAAUCCAUUUCAGCUGGAAGCCUUUUAUACCGAUCCCACUACAAUCCCUUAUCCACAGCCUAAGAUAGGCCAGUUUGUGGUCCAGAACAUUUCUACUACUAAAGAAGGUGAGAAGGCAAAAGUGAAGGUGAAAGUUCGGGUCAAUGCACAUGGCAUUUUCAGUGUAUCCACAGCCUCAGUUGUAGAGAAGGUGGAGGUAGAGGACACUGAAGAUCAGUUUGCAGAGAGUUCUCAAGAUGUUAGAAAUCAGGACAUGUAUACUGUGGAAGAGGACAAGAAUGUCCAGCAAGACCAUGCAGAAGCUGGAACACAGCCCCAGGUACAAACUGAUGGGCAUCCCCCUCCUCCACCCAAGCCCACCAGUGAUGAACACAAAGUGACUGACACUGAAAAAGUAAACGAAAAGAAGAGUGAUAAACCUCCUGAAGCCAAGAAGCCAAAGAUAAAGGUGAAGAAUGUUGAGGUGCCUAUUGAAGCAAACUUUGUGUUGCAACUAGGGAAGGAUUUGCUCAAUAUGUACAUUGAGAAUGAGGGUAAAAUGAUCCUCCAAGAUAAACUGGAGAAGGAGAGGAAUGAUGCCAAGAAUGCCGUUGAGGAAUAUGUUUAUGAAUACAGAGACAGACUCUCUGGACCCUACAGCAAAUUCAUCUCUGAGGAGGAUCACAGACAGUUUUCUGAGCUUCUGACAGCAACAGAGAACUGGCUAUAUGAGGAUGGAGAAGAUCAGCCAAGGCAGGUCUAUGUUGAAAAACUAGAGCAAUUAAAGAAAUUUGGUUCUCCUGCCCAUGAGAGGUAUAGGGAAUCAGAAGAGCGCCCAAAAGCAUUUGAAGAACUUGGAAAGAGGCUGCAGCACUAUGCAAAGAUUGUAGAUGAAUACAAGUACCAGAAUGAGGCUUAUCUACAUAUCGGCACUGUAGACAUGGAGAAGGUGGAAAAGUGUGUGCGGGAGACCAUGGAAUGGAUGAAUAAUGCCAUGAAUGCUCAAGCUAAGCGGCAGUUAAACCAGAAUCUAGCAGUCUAUACCCAUGAGAUCAAAGCGCAGCGUUCUUCUUUGGACAGCACCUGUCAUCGUAUAGUCACACAGCCGAAGCCUAAGGUAGAGUCGCCAAAGUCAGAAAAACCUGUAAACGAUAUGAACCACGAGGACAUCAAUUCAGAGAAAAACAAAACGGUGCCCCCUUCUCAGCAGAACGGAGAAUGCCAUCCAUGUGAGAAACAAACCAUUGACAUGGACUUGGCUUAAUGGAGUCUGACCCUCAUUUCCUCUUGCUGGGACUCUCUGGAAUCUGUUUCUGGUUCUUUUUAGCUCAUUGCAUAUCACAUUUGGAGUUGAAGAUCUGUUCCAAAGGAUUUAUUUUUAUUUAUUUUUUGUUCUGUUUCUUUAUGAUGUGACCAAACAUUGGCUGUAAGAUUAUUUAUUAUAAUAUUACAUUUUAGAAUGUUUUUUUAUUUAAGUGUUAUGUAUUUGUUUGCACUGUAUAAUGGCACAGGACUAGAUUGAGAGAUGCCUUGUAAAUUUGGGGGGGUCAAAUUCCUGUGGAAUUGUAAACUUCGUAGCGGGCUUCUUUGUAGAAUGAACCUUUGGAAGUAUUGGAACACAUAAUGACUGCUUGUGCUUUUAGAGGUGGUAAUGCAGUGAUUUGGAGGAGAACAAGCAAGUCUUCCAAGGAAUGGCCUUAUAGUUAUUGCAUACUCCUCUUUCUCUUUUUUUUUUUUUUUUUUUUUUUUUUUAUACUUACAAGCUGGUUAUCAGUGGAAAUUCAAAGGCAGAAUUUAUUUUGGAACAGAGAUUACAUUUACACGCAGUUUAGUUUCUGGUUCAUUUGGUUGAACAUGCAAAGUGAAACAUGUGCUUGAUGGCAUUGUGGCUGCCUUCUAAGAACUUCAGUAAUAAAGUUUCCAAAUCAAAUGUC